AUGCCUGCAGACUUCAGUGGGAAAUGGAUUCUGGAAACCAGUGACAAAUUUGAGGAUUAUUUGAAAGUGCUGAAUAUUGACUUUGCUACAAGGAAAAUUGCCAUCUCCCUGUCUCAGACCAAAGUGGUGGCCCAAGAUGGAGACAAGUUUGACUUCAAAACACUGAGCACCUUAAGGAACUAUGAGCUCUCCUUCACUGUAGGGGUUGAGUUUGACGAGUACACCAAGGGACUGGACAACAGAAAUGUCAAGAGUCUGGUGACCUGGGAGGGGGACAAGCUGGUGUGCACUCAGAAAGGAGAGAAGGCCAAUCGUGGCUGGAAACACUGGACCGAAGGAGACAAGCUCUACCUGGAGCUGACGUGUGAAGAUGUCCUUUGUCUUCAGGUGUUCAGGAGGAAAGAAUAA